AUCAAAGACCACAAAAAGAAUCUGGAUUUAUCUGAAGGGAAGUGGGAAGUUACUGAUAGAUUUCAAGCAGGAAAAACAUUUUUUUGUAAUGGUCACACAACUGAUUUUUGUGGAGAAUAGGUUAUUGGGUGAAAGAUGGUAGUGGGGAGAAGUGUGAGGAAGCUCUUGCAGUUAAGAGAUGGAGCAGAGUGGAAGUAGAAAUGCAGAGAAGUAGAUGUGUUGAGAGAUACAUUGUCAGGGCUUGGUGACUGGAUCUGGAAAGGUUGUCAAAGAUAAUUCCCACGCUUGUGACAGGAACAGCCCGGUGUGUGGACAUGCAUUUACUGAAGACAGCUUUGGAGGAGUAAAAGACUUGGGUGUGCCACAGAAGAUACUGGUCUAGAGGAUUGGACAUUUGGGAAUUGGUGACAUGGAGUUGAAGAGGAGAGAGAAUGGAGCUGGAGAGGAUUGUCAGUGCAGCCCUCCUUGCCUUUGUCCAGACGCACCUCCCAGAGGCUGACCUCAGCGGCUUGGAUGAGGUCAUCUUCUCCUAUGUUCUCGGGGUCCUGGAGGAUUUGGGCCCCUCAGGCCCGUCAGAUGAGAACUUUGAUAUGGAGGCCUUCACUGAGAUGAUGGAGGCCUAUGUGCCUGGCUUUGCCCACAUCCCAAGGGGUACAGUAGGGGACAUGAUGCAGAAGCUCUCAGGGCAGUUGAGUGGUGCCAGGAACAAAGAGAACCUGCAACCACAGAAUUCUGAGGUCCAGUGUCAGGUGCCCAUCUCUCCAGAGCCCCUGCAGCGACCUGAAAAGCUCAAAGAAGAGACUAGGGCUUCUCCUGCUACUGGGGACACCCAAGAUGAGGCAGCCAGUGCUGAGGAGGAGCUGCUGCCCGGGGUGGAUGUACUCCUGGAGGUGUUCCCUACCUGUUCGGUGGAGCAGGCCCAGUGGGUCCUGGCCAAAGCUCGGGGGGACUUGGAAGAAGCUGUGCAGAUGCUGGUAGAGGGGAAGGAGGAGGGGCCUCCAGCCUGGGAUAGCCCCAACCAGGACUUGCCCAGGCGCCUCAGAGGCCCCCAAAAGGAUGAGCUGAAGUCCUUCAUCCUGCAGAAGUAUAUGAUGGUGGAUAGCGCAGAGGAUCAGAAGAUUCACAGGCCCAUGGCUCCCAAGGAGGCCCCCAAGAAGCUGAUCCGAUACAUCGACAACCAGGUAGUGAGCACCAAGGGGGAGCGAUUCAAAGAUGUGCGGAACCCUGAGGCCGAGGAGAUGAAGGCUACAUACAUCAACCUCAAGCCAGCCAGAAAAUACCGCUUCCACUGAGGCAUUCGCCAGAUUCUGCUAGAGCCUUCUAGAUCAGAUCCCAGAGGGAUGCAGGAGCCCUACACCACCAGAGGGCCCAUCCUAAUCCUGACCCCUUCUCUACAUCUUCUCUUACCUCCUUGCCCCACCAUGUUAACCUCUUGGAGCUGCCCAUGGGCACAGUAAAGGUGGCCCCAAGAA